AUGGAGGUGUGUAUAUUCUUCCUUCAGUCAAUGCUAUUUCUCCCAGGUAUUGCUGCCAAUGUGCAUCAGGUGAAGUCAUUUCUCAAUCACACUGCAUACCUAUCCUGCUAUUUUACAAACUCACAGAAAACUGACGUUAAAGACUUAAGAGUUUUUUGGCAAAAAGGUGCUGCUGAAGUGGUGCACGAAAUAUACUAUGGCAGAGAAAAACAUGAGAACCUCAGUCCUAAAUAUGUUAACCGCACCAAGAUGGAUAUGGACAGAUGGACCUUGCAAUUGCUAAAUGCGGAGAUUGUGGAUGAGGGACAGUAUACAUGUAUUAUACAGCACAGAGAGAAAGGAUUACCAAAGGUCAUACACACAUCUGAGUGUUCACUGUACAUCAUUGCCAACUAUAGUCAACCUGAGAUAGCACAGCUACAUACUGGGAAACUAAAGCCCAGCAAAUACUUGAAUCUUUCCUGCUCUUCCAGUGGAGGCUAUCCAGAGCCCAGGCAGAUGAUUUGGCUAAUAUCACAAGAAAAUACAACAUACAGGCAUGUACAGCAUAUGGAUGUGUCACAGGAUGCUGUAACAAAGCUGUACAAUGUCACUAGUAAGCUGAAUAUCACAGUUCCUACAAACACCCUCAUUAAUAUUAGCUGCUUGCUUCACCUUGGAGAGCACCUGGGGAGCCUUGUCUCAGUGCCACUAGUCAUAGAGAUACAGGGAGAAGAAACGGAACAAGAGAAGAUAAAUUUCUUUGGCCCACUUAUAGCUGUGAUUAUAGUGAUCAUACUUCUUCUGGGUUUUGUGAUAUUGAAGAAGAAGAGAAAUACCUCAUCUACUCAACAGAGUAAGUUACUAAUUCUCAUUCAUCUCUGCUGUCCCCCAAAUCACAGGCUUUGCUCUUUGUAA